AUGUUGGCUGUGAAGUUGGAGCCCAAUGUCGCAGGUUGUUCGGCGAGUUGUGUGAUGCGAAGUCGGAGCCCAGAGCCAAGUUCUGCGAAGGGCGAGCGGUGGCAGCGUGCGCGGGCGCUGCUGAGCGAGAUGCGGGAGGCGGAGCUGGAGCCCAAUGUCACGGUUCCGAGACGGCCCGAACGGCGCCGACGAGCCGAAAUCACUGCCUGCGAGAAGGACGGGGCGUGGCAGCAUGCGUUGUGGCUUCUCGACAAGCUGCUGCAGGCGACGAUGGAGCUCACUGUGGCCGCCCGCAGCGCUACAUUCCGAGCCUUGGUCGAAGGUAUCAGGCGGCAAGCCGCGGCAUGCCGACCUCGUUAA